GUCGAUCUGCUGGCGGGCGUCCGCGAUCGUCACGGCCGACCGCUGCUGGGCAGCCCAGAUGAGGGCAAGGAGCCCGGUGCGCCACGGAGCCUUCCAGGUUGCAGCGCUCAGCUCAAGGCUCUCCUGCGCCGCGUGGCGCUGGAAAUGCACCGCCUCCUGCAGACCAGUGCAGGUGGGCGGCUGCACGGAGACUGGUCCCACGAACUGCUCCUGAACUUCUACACUUGCCGGGGCCUGCCUCUGCUCUAUGAGCACAAGGACCUCUCUGCUCUCACUUUGCUGCUGAUCCCUGCUACCGGCGGCAGUCGGCUCCUGGUCCGUCGGGCGGAUGAUGUCUUGGUGCCAUUGUCGGCUUCUUCUUGGCGCAGGAAGACGAGGUCGACCCAGCGAGAAGCGGGCCCCUCCGGCGCUCUCCUGGCGGGCACCCGCUUCUCCGAAGCGCUGCCAGCGGCGCGGAGGCGGCGGCCGACGCCACAUCAAGUAAAGGGCGGUGUUGGGCCGCCACCGCGGCAGCCGCGCUUGAGCCUGGCGUUUUUCUAUUGCCGGGAGCGGACAGAGCUUCAAAAGGAACGCCUGCAAGUAGACACUCACCUUUGA